ACACCAGGGCUCUUUGCUCACCAGAAGUGAUGUAUGUGUUGCAGGUCAUGUCAAAAGUGGUGUCGGCCGUGGCUGGUGAGGCUACGUGCCCUUGUCGGACUCCGAGCGGAAUCCAUGGAAAGAGGUGCAUGAGGCAGGAUGUUGGUGCCAGUGUUCACCCUUGACUUAAAGCAGAAGAUCCUACCGGGCAGAGUGUGCAUCGGCAAGUAUGACAGUGCCCAUGCCUGCCUCACCGCCUCUACCACAGCCGACAAGGUGUUCAUCCACAACCCACACCAGCGCCUGGGCACCUCAGGGGGCCGGAUGUCCCUCAGUCAGAGUAGUGCUGAUAUCUCGCUCCUCAACAUCAAUCAAACUGUGUCAGCCAUCACUGCUGGUGUGCUGACUCAGGCCCGGCACGGCGACACGCUAGUGGUGGGCACGCCAACCAAUGUGCUCGCCUAUGAUGUGCAAAACAACGCUGAUGUCUUCUAUAAAGAUGUGUCAGAUGGUGCUAACGCCAUUGCCAUUGGUCGCCUUGGCCACCACAUGUCCCCCUUGGCUCUCAUUGGUGGGAACUGCUCCAUCCAUGGGUUUGACAGUGAGGGGAAUGACCCAUUCUGGACUGUGACAGGAGAUAAUGUCACCUCCCUCACACUGACAGACUUUGAUGGUGAUGAAGAAAAUGAGCUGUUGGUUGGCUCGGAGGACUUUGACAUUCGUGUAUUCAAGAAUGAGGAGAUAAUGUUUGAGAUCUCAGAGACAGAGGCAGUGACAGCCCUGUGCCCGAUGCAAGGGUCUCGCUUUGGCUAUGCCUUGGCCAAUGGCACUGUAGGAGUAUAUGAGAAACUGUCCAGGUGGUGGAGGAUCAAGUCCAAGAACCAGGCCAUUGCCAUCUACAGCUACGACCUGGAUGGUGAUGGUGUUCCUGAGCUCAUAACAGGAUGGAGUAAUGGCAAGAUUGAUGCAAGAAAUGACCGGAGUGGAGAAGUGAUGUUCAAGGACAAUUUCCAGUCUACUGUGGCAGGCAUUGUGGAAGGGGACUACCGCAUGGAUGGCAAGAAUCAGCUGAUUGCCUGCUCUGUGGAUGGAGAAGUCCGGGGCUAUAAGUCUUCCACUGCUGAGACCCGUUACUCCAUGAUGGACGUGAACAUAGAGCAGGAAACCAUCAGGGAGCUGAGCCAGCGACGUCACACUCUCUUGCUGGAGCUGAAGAACUACGAGGAAAACCAGCGUAUGGGUUCCUCAGGGGAGAUCGUGUAUGGCAAGCCCUCCACUGCUGGGGACCAAGUGGGCAUCAUACCGGCCAACACUCAGCUGCAGACUGGACUGGCCAUCAACAUGGGGAACGAAGAAAAGAAUAAACCACCCCACGUUGAGAUUGCCCUGGCCACCACCAAUGACACUGUGAUCCGAGCCGUCAUCAUAUUUGCCGAGGGAAUCUUUGAGGGUGAGAGUCACGUGUACCACCCUCGAGAGUCAAUCCUGACCAGCAACAUCAGGAUCCCACUCUACCCUCCCAAGGAUGUCCCGGUUGACCUGCACAUCAAAGCCAUGGUGGGCUACAAGGCCUCCCUGCACUACCAUGUGUUUGAGCUGACCCGCCAGCUGCCACGCUUCUCCAUGUACGCCCUCUGUACUGUGGCUGUCACCCCCCCACAGGGAUAUGUCAAAUUUAAGCUGCCUGAGAGGGUAGCAAGGAUUGUCAUGUGGGUGAAUUCCAACUUCCUGCUCCUGGAAGACCUGCAGCUGGAUGAUGAUGGCGCCCUGGAUGUGUCUUUCCUGUCCCUCCGCACCAGCAUGCCACUCCUAAUCCAGGCCAACAGUCAGUGCGAGAUGACUAUCCGCACUGACGACAUGGAGCUGGCCAGUGACCUCAUCCAGGCACUGGCUAACUACCUCAAUCUUGAAGACCUCCAGGUUGAGGCAGACUUUCCCUCAGAGUUGGACCAGCUUGCCUCCCUGCUGGAGCGUGUAGAGGAGUAUCAUGCCACCCGCCAGCGCCUCUCGGCUGAGAUGGCAGACCACUCAGGGGUGAUUCGCACGCUGGUGGUGAGGGCUGAGGACGCCAGGCUCAUGUCAGAUAUGGAGAGCAUGCGUCACUGGUACCGUGAGUUGUACAACCUGAACAAGGACCUCAUUAGUGGCUACAAGAUCCGCUGCAACAACCACCAGGAGCUGCUCAACUGUCUCAAGCAAGUAAACCAGACUAUUCAGAAAGCUGGUCGGCUGAGAGCUGGAAAAUCCAAAACAGCAGUGAUCAGUGCAUGUAGACAAGCAAUUAAAAGUAAUAAUGUUAGUGCCCUUGCAAAAAUCAUAAGAACUGGGUCAUCUUAAAGCAAAAACUGGCCACAGCACUGAAUACACAACAGACAGUGCCUUUGCCUUUACUAUGAAACCAUUUCCGUCUCAAUGAUUCUGUUAAGAGAAAUUUGGUGGCUCAGUUACUUUUGCACAUUUUUUUACUUUAGGUGUACAAGUUAAGGAAGCACACUGUGAUAACUGUAUCAGAACUAGUCAUUUGUACAAACAUGCAGCAUUGCCUACUUGAGGCACCUUUUGUGUUGCACCAAUUUACCAGUAAGUUUCAAAUGCAAAUCCAGAUUAAUACAACAGAAAUGGUCUAAAGUUGCCAAGCCAUUCUGCUUGACCAACAUCCAUAGUUCCAUACUGAAGAUGUACAAGUAUAUGUACAUGACAAACAUAAGUAGUGAAUUGUUGAUAUGAUAUGAUCUAGAUUUGCAAAGAUCCAAAGAUUACUAAUCUAAGAAGUAUGAUAUGUUACUGUUAGCACAUUCAGCGUACUAUAAGGAAAGAUUUCUCACUAAUCUCUUAGUAUUUUUUUUUUAUUUUACUUUAUUGUGAUGCAUCCAGGAAUUAUGUAUCUCUUUCAAGGAAAUUUAUUGCAGAUUCAGAAGCACCUCAUGGAAUAUUUAGUGAAUGAACUCAAUACUUGAUUCCUUGAGAAAUUACCAUCAUCCCCCUCCACUUUGUCAGGGGGGACAGUCUGACCACACAUUCUGUGGCUGGCUUAGAAAAAUCAUGGUACCAUGCACUAUGUCAUGGUUUGAAUUAUUUUCUCCUGUGUGCUCAAACAUUUCAGGAGCAAACACACAGAAGGAAAUUCUCAGUCCCUUCAUUCCAUCCAUUUAAGUUGCCUUGUACAAUAAACAGGGAAUAUGGAGACACACCCUAUGCACAAGCUUGUGUCUGUUUGCUGGUUGUAUGGCUAAUCUCCCUGUCAGACUGUACCACUGUUAAUGUAGACCACAAUUUUGUGACACUAGGAGUGCACAAAUAUAUGUAUAAUGUAUAUAUGGAAUUAUGUGAUGAUCAAUUAUUCUAGUCCAUAGUGGUUAAGGUGUGUGUGAGUUGGUGAUGACAGGUGCAUUUUCUAAUUAUAAUGUAUCACUGAGAUUGAUACGAUAAUUCAUUUUGAACUUAUGUCCACUCAUGGACCACUACUAGGAAAUAUGCAUUCCCUCACUAUCUCCCCGUUCAGAAAAACAUGAAUAUUACAUAUUGACCUUUCUUUAAGUAAUAAGUAAUUGUAAUGAAAAGGUGACCACCACAAUUACAUACCUGUACUGUUGUGUUGGUUUGAGGCUCAUCCACUUGUGUUGCUCCUGAUGUAAAAGAGAAAAUCAUGAUUAUUUGGUGUGAAUGGCAUGCAUGAAAAGUGGAACAUACAGAGAAAGCAAUGAACGUAAUAUUACCAAGUCUAAUAGAUUUUGUUUUGCUCUGUAUUUUCUAAAAAGUAUAAGGUAUCAAGAAGCAAAAGUGGCAAAGUGCAAAGUAAAAGUCAAGGCCACAAGAUGGAAUAUGUACAGGAAGGCAGUUCAGUAACUGGGAAACUAUGAGGCGUGUGACUCACCAAACUUGUAUAUCAGUCCCUAAAUCUAAGUACAAAAGCUACAUAUUAAUGUCAAAUCCUGAAGUAAAAAUAAUGUUUCUUCUGGUGUUGGCACAUGGCAACUUUUGCUUGACAUAUUUGAGAUGUGCCUCCAGCAAGCAUCCUCAAGAGUUAGACAGGGUGUGUUGUGCAUUUUGAUCUCUUGAGAUUUAUUGUAUCUUCUUUUCUAAAUAUAUGAUUAGCAUGAUUGCAUGAUCAAACUAUUUUUCAAUCUCAAAACAUUAUUUGCAAAUGUAAUGAGUACUGAAACUAAAGUAAAAGAAAUUGAAAUAUUUUUUAAUAAAUUUAAACUUUUGUGUGACUUGCUUCUUGAUCUUUAUUAUACAUGAUAUCAAACAUGCAAUUCAGUUUAUAUACCAUACAUGUAAUUGUGUAUCAAACAUAAUCUAACUAUCCUGACAAAAAAGAAAAAAAAAAAAAGGACAUUUAAAGCUACCUUCUUUUCAUACACAUACAAACACACACACAUUAUCAUACCUCAAGUUAAAUAGCCAUUACUUUCCAAGAAGUAGAGGGUUGGCAGGAUAUACAUGAUGAGUUGAAGGAUGUGCUGUAGUCCUGUAAUGAAUUAGAGAGGAUUACUAGAAAUUAUACCGGUUUCCUUUUGGAGCAUUCCCAAA